AUGGAAGAUAAUUUUAACAAUAUAGUGCUUUUAGAUGCACACUGUCACCCGACUGAGCGUCCUCAAAGGUUGGAUUUGAUCAGCUCUAUGAAGGCAUCAAAAUUGGUCCUCAUGUCCACAAACCUCGAAGAUAUAGACCUGGUGGAUUCAACGGCAUCUUUAUAUCCAGAGAAGGUUAUCCCAGCUUUUGGAUAUCACCCUUGGUAUAGCCACAGACUCUAUAUUGGCUCUGAACCAAGCUCUAAACAAGAGCAUUAUCAGAAAGUGCUAAACCCCGUACCGCCGAAAGAGUUCAUUGAUAUGCUACCCGCUCCGCAUUCGCUAGACUCACAUCUACAAAAGAUUCGCAGUUUACUAAUAAAACACCCACAUGCACUAGUAGGAGAGAUAGGACUGGACAAAUCCUUCAGACUUCCGGAGACGAAUCAAAUAGAUGAUCCAUCAGCAGAAACUCCAAAAAAGAAAUUGAGUCAGUAUAGAGUGGACCUGGAACACCAAACCGCCAUUUUCGAGAGCAUACUUGAGAUUGCUGCCGAAUUGCAAAGGUCAGUAUCUGUACACGGUGUUAACUGUCAUAAUGCUGUCUAUAGUUCAAUUGUGAAACGGUUAGGAAGACCCGAAAACACCUCGAACAUCUGUUUACAUUCAUACUCAGGGAGUGCUGAGUUUUUGGCUAGUACUUGGUUGAAAUCAAAGGCUCUGAAGACUAGAGUGUUUGUAUCAUGUUCUACCCUAGUAAAUAUCAAUACCAAAGAAAGAGCAGAUAAACUACUUUCCCAAGUACCACCUGCAAAUGUAUUAUCUGAGUCGGAUUAUUUUCAGGCGGGUGAUACUAUGGACUCUUAUAUACUGGCAUCACUCAAUAGGAUAUGUGACCACUACGGGUGGAAGUUAGAGGAUGGUUCAAAGAAUAUCGAAGAGAACUUUCACCGGUUCAUAAACUACGAGGGCCAGUAA